AUGACCACAGCACAAAGUCACUCUCAUGCUGUCUAUCGAGGUUUGACACUGGAUACGGAUCAAGACUCAAUACGUCUAUUGACGAUAUUACCUGGAGCAGCGGAUAGUGCCCUCCACUGUCGGCUGAAUGUCGUCCUAUUGACGGCGGAUAUUCACUAUGAAGCGAUCUCGUAUACCUGGGGCAGUGAUGAGGAAGUCCACGAGAUCGACAUCAAUGAAGACAGCGAUAAAUUUUGCGUUCGUCCCAAUUUGCUGGAUCUUCUUGUCAGUAUCAGGAACGAGAAAGUCCCGAGAGUAGUCUGGAUUGACGCGAUAUGCAUCGAUCAAGAAAACCUGGCUGAGAGAAACAGACAGGUUAGCAUGAUGAGGGAGAUAUACAGCAUGGCGAAGCAAGUUGUUGUAUGGCUCGGGGGACCCGUACACGCGAAGCUACUACCGGCAAUUCAUUAUAUCAAUAGCUCCAGCGCAGAGGUGGAGGACAGCACUUUGCCUGAGUUCGUCAGAGAAAGUCUUCUUGAGAUUAGCCGCAAUGCAUAUUGGACCAGGGUCUGGAUAUUGCAAGAAGUUAUUUCAGCUCGCCAGAUCACAGUCCUGGUGGGUGGAAGAGCUGGAUUUGCAUGGUGGAGACUUGAAUGGGCUAUAAAUUCAGCGUUCAACACUCAGCAAAAUACCCAGAACGCCGAUCUCACUCCUGAUGAGACAUACCACCUACGCCGCCUCAUUCGUCACCGACGUCAAUUCCUGAAGCACGGGACGAUCAGUUUGGAAGAGGCACUUUACCGGUAUGAGGACUGCAAAAGUACAAAUUUCAGAGAUCGUAUCUUUGGUCUGCUUGGUAUCGUACAGGGCCGGGGAUUCACAAUUGACUAUACCGUGAGCAGGGAGGAGCUCUUCAUCCAGACUCUCAACUUCUGCCAAUCUUCCAACCCCAUCCGACUUGGUGCCACGUUGCGUCGUGCCUUCCAGCUCAAGGUAGGACACCUACAACAUGAGCGAAAGGAGGAAUGCUUGCCUCAGAAAAUCUCGCCGUCGAUGCCACAGCACAUGAUGUCCGCGUACUUGAGCUUCUACGGAGUGCUGGCGGAGUGCUUGGAUUCUAGCCACGACAAUCAUCAGACUGUGCCAACACUAUGGCUAUGCGACCCGGAUAAGCCCAUAAAGAGAGGAUAUCGCGGUACCCUGGUGCACGAUAUGGCGGUGGGUUUGUGGGCUCUGCGACACUUCGAUGAUGAGUAUUGGUUAAGAAAGUCAACUCAAGACUUUGAAGUCAAUACCAUCAUGACCAGAUGUUACCCUGCCGCUGUCAGGCGACACAAUCCCUUUUUGCGGAUUGGCGGCCGGAGGUUUCGCAGAGUUGCUCAUUCCAGCGAACUUGUCGGAUCCAUACGAUUACAAUAUGACGGUUAG